AUGAUUGUCUCUAUGGAAGUGAAUAAGAAGCAGCAGGCUGGCCCCCUAGGUUUUAAGGGCCCAAGCUCCUCAGGGAAUGAGAAAAUCUACAAGCAACUGAUGCAACUGGGGGCUGGAGUGGACAGCCUUUGCCGUCCUUGCCCUUGGGAAUGGACAUUCUUUCAUAGAAAAUGUUACUACUUCUCCAAGUCCCAGCGUAACUGGAAUGACUCUGUCACUGCUUGCCAGGAAGUGGAGGCUCAACUAGUCAUUGUUGAGAGUGACGAAGAACAGACAUUCCUGAGUGUGAUUACUAAGGAUAAAGGACCAGCCUGGAUAGGUCUCUCAGACCUGAAACAGGAAGGCAUGUGGCAGUGGCUAGAUGGCUCACCUUUGUCAGACAGUUUCAUGAAAUAUUGGAACAAAGGAGAGCCCAACAAUAAACAGGAAGAAGACUGUGUGGAAUCCAGUGGCGAUGGCUGGAAUGAUGCCCCAUGUACAAUUAAGAACUACUGGAUCUGCAAGAAGUCUGCUAUGUCCUGCCCUGAAAAAUGA